GCCAUCGCUUCCCCCGGCAACGCUGCGAGCCCCGCGGGGUCCGCCCGGCCCUGCGCGGCGCCGCCGCUCUUCAGCCCGGGAAGCCCAACAUCGUUGUGCCGCUGCCAGGGCCCCCGCCGCGCCUCAUGGCAGCCAUGCCGUGCUCUGAGGCCGCCCUGCAGCCAUCCCCCAGCAAGAGGCAGAAGGGCUCGGCAGCCGGGGAGCCGACAGCCCUGCUCCGCUUCACCAAGCUGUCCGAGAACGCCUGUGCUCCGUCCAAGGGCUCAGCGCGAGCCGCGGGCUACGACUUGUACAGUGCCUACGACUACGUGAUCCCACCCAUGGAGAAGGCUGUAGUGAAAACAGACAUUCAGAUUGCGCUUCCUUCAGGAUGCUAUGGCCGAGUGGCACCACGAUCUGGUUUAGCUGCAAAGCACUUCAUAGACGUUGGUGCUGGUGUUAUUGAUGAGGAUUACAGGGGAAACGUUGGUGUGGUGCUCUUCAACUUCGGCAAGGAGACUUUUGAAGUUAAAAAAGGAGAUAGAAUUGCCCAGCUCAUCUGUGAACGCAUUUUCUAUCCUGAGCUAGAAGAAGUUCAAGCUCUAGAUGAUACAGAACGUGGUGAAGGUGGCUUUGGUUCUACUGGAAAGAACUGAAAGUGAUGUGAAUGUGCUUUCUGUUGCUUUUUUUUUUUUAUUGUUAUACUUCGAAAUUUCCAUUUGAAUUAGAUGCAAUAUUUGAAUUUGAAUUACAUGUAAUAUUUUGAAUUUCUUGGUCAAUUAGUUUUGUUUUUUUUUUUAAACAUUUUGUCAUCAUUAAUAUUAUUUAUGUUAAUCUCCUGAAAGAAAGCUUUCAUGUGUAUCAGUAUUUUAUACUGAGAAUUUACUUUGUACAGAGUUGGCAAUAAUAUGUAUAUUGAUAUGAGUUUCUACUGUAAUCCCUAAGUUGCAAUAAGGUGAAGAUAUUCAAUAUUGCAUCUUCUAUGACUUGUCAGAAAUGGCUGUUUCAAAGGCAGUGUUCUAACUCUGAUCCUUAUCUGGUUCUCAAGUAGUCAUUUCUUCAGCUCACUAGAUAUAUAGCAGGGAAUACGGAGCGUAAAGUAAAUGUUACAGCUCAUCUGGAAAUCACUUCAAUAUAAUAAAAAAAAUGCUAUGAAGCAUGCUGCUGUUCAAUACCAUUCAUGAAUAAGGUACAGUAUGGAGAACACACUGCUUUCAUGAUUCAGAAUCAAACCUUUUUUCUCCAGUUGGAGUACUUAAUCCAUUUUGACCUGUUAACAUAAAAACUUUUGGGAUGGAUCACAGUGGUCGGGUAGAAGGGUUUUUGUAGACCCAGAUGUUCACAGAAUUCUCUCCUUCCUGGUCUCAGGUUCGUUUUUUGUCCUUGUUUUGCAUCCUUAUCUACUAUUAGCCAUUUGACACAUUAUAUAUAUGUUGUCCCACUACCCUAAAGAGCUGGAAAACAAAGAGCAGUAUGACAGCAUUCUGAUUCCAUCAACCAUAGACAUUACUUUGAGUUUGCAGUGGUGGAACUUCAAGUACAUUUAUCUUUGACCAGGGUAAAAACCUUUCCCCUUAGUUGCAUUACCAGCUAAGCAGUGCUUUUUUCCCCUUAAAGCCUUACUACAACAUUGUUCUAUCUGUAUAUACAGGCUUACCAUGCCAAUGGCUGUUGUGAGUGAGAAGCACAUCAUGGUAAUAAGGUUCUCAGUCUGUUGGAAAAACGAUCUUGACAUUAAGCAUCUUCCUUUAUAUAAUCUGCCAGAAAGGAUCUACAGUUAUCAACAACUAUUUAAAUGUCUUAAAAUCAGAAUAAAUCCUUUUCUGUAAACCCAUUUCUUCUUGCUGGAGUUUGAGAGCAAGUUUUGCUGCUCCUCUUCUGUCCUAGCACAAAAAAGAAAAUAAAAAGAAAAAAAAGCAAGGGCUAAA